CAACUGUAGAAUCCUUCUCUUCAUCUAUUUGAACCAUCAUGUCUAAGCGUGCUGCUGUCAAGAAGGCUCCCGUCGAGAACGUCACCCUUGGUCCCCAGGUCCGUGAGGGCGAGCUCGUCUUCGGUGUUGCCCACAUCUUUGCCUCGUUCAACGAUACCUUUGUCCACGUUACCGAUCUUUCCGGCCGUGAGACCAUCUCCCGUGUCACCGGUGGCAUGAAGGUCAAGGCUGAUCGUGAUGAGUCUUCUCCCUACGCUGCCAUGUUGGCUGCCCAGGAUGUUGCCGCCAAGUGCAAGGAAGUCGGCAUCACCGCUGUCCACGUUAAGCUUAGAGCCACUGGUGGUACUGGCACCAAGACCCCCGGUCCCGGUGGACAGAGCGCUCUCCGUGCCUUGGCCCGUUCCGGUCUCAGAAUCGGUCGCAUUGAGGAUGUUACUCCCAUCCCCACUGACAGCACCCGCAGAAAGGGUGGUCGUCGUGGUCGUCGUCUCUAGUUUGUCUACACGAUUACUGUGUAUACUCUAAUAAAAAUCAUUUUCAAAUUGGCCUAUUAAUUAUUUAUAUUUUUCUUUCUAAAAACAAAAUUUUGGUAUAACUGCU